CCCGCGCCCCGGCGCGCCCGGGGCGGGCGGAAGCCGACGCGGGCCGGGCAUGCGGCGGCUGGCGGCGGCCGGGGCGCGAGCGAUCGUGGACAUGUCGUACGCCCGCCACUUCCUGGACUUCCAGGGCUCGGCCAUCCCCCGAGCCAUGCAGAAGCUGGUGGUGACCCGGCUGAGCCCCGACUUCCGCGAGGCCGUCACGCUGCGCCGGGACUGCCCGGUGCCGCUCCCCGGGGACGGAGACCUCCUCGUCCGGAACCGAUUUGUUGGUAUUAAUGCGUCUGACAUCAACUACUCAGCGGGCCGCUAUGACCCAUCGGUGAAGCCCCCGUUUGACAUAGGCUUCGAAGGGCUGGGCGAGGUGGUGGCCCUGGGCCUCUCUGCUAGCGCCAGCUACACCGUGGGCCAGACCGUGGCUUACCUGGCGCCCGGUUCCUUCGCGGAGUACACAGUCGUGCCUGCCCGGGCCGCCACCCCAGUGCCCUCCCUGAAGCCCGAGUAUCUGGCCCUGCUGGUGAGCGGCACCACCGCCUACAUCAGCCUGGAGGAGCUGGGAGCGCUGUCGCAAGGGAAGAAAGUUCUGGUGACAGCCGCAGCGGGGGGGACGGGCCAGUUUGCCGUCCAGCUUGCCAAGAGGGCCAAGUGCCAUGUCAUUGGAACCUGCUCUUCGGCGGAGAAGUCGGCUUUCCUGAGCUCUCUUGGGUGCGACCGUCCCAUCAACUACAAAACCGAGCCGGUGGGCAGCGUGCUCAAGAGCGAGUACCCGGAAGGGGUGGACGUGGUCUACGAAUCUGUCGGGGGAGCCAUGUUUGACUUGGCCGUGAACGCCUUGGCCACCAAAGGGCGCUUGAUAAUCAUCGGGUUUAUCUCCGGCUACCAAAGCCUUUCUGGCCUUGCGCCGGUGAGAGCCGGAACGCUGCCGGUCCAACUGCUGAGGAAGUCUGCCAGCCUCCAUGGCUUCUUUCUAAACCAUUACCUCUCCAAGUACCGGGGAGCCAUGGAGCGGCUGCUGGAGCUGUACGAGGGUGGGGAGCUGGUCUGCCAGGUGGACCGGGGGGACCUGUGUCCGGAGGGCAGGUUCGUAGGCCUGGACGCCGCGUUCCGAGCCGUCGACCACAUGUACACGGGGAGGAACACUGGGAAGAUCGUGCUCGAGUUACCUCACCCUGCCACCAGUAAGCUGUGAAAAUACAACGAUGGCACCCAUCAAAGGAGAGAAAACACAAGCACUGUGCGCCUCAGAAUGACUCAAAUUCAUUUAUUUUUAGUUGGAAAUGGAUAUAGCUUAAAAUAAAAGUUAGACGUUAAUGAA